AUGACACACAAGGUCCUUGAGAAGAACUCUCAAUGCUGUUUCAGACAGAUUCUCUGCAUCAGCUGGAAGGAAAGGCGUGCAAACAUCAGCACCCUCAGAGGAACCAAAAACCCCAGCUACAAGGCCAUGAUCAUUGAAACCAACUCUGCUGGGCCAGCCACGUGCUGGGAAUGUCCGACUUUGAAAGCAAAUCUCGCUCACCCGGCUCAAGGACGGCCCUCGGAUGAGAGGACAAAGGAAGCAAUUCAAAGGCUCCCCUCGAGAAAUGCAACUGAGGGCGCUAGGACCCAGUGGAGAAGUAAAUCAAACCCCGAACCCUCACGCAUGCGCAUUGCUCCCAGCAUAUUCAAGAUGGCGGCCGUUCUGCCGGAGCUGAUCCCGGGCAAAGACCCCCUGCCUCACAAAUGGGGCAGUUUCAGGUUAUUAUUCGAGUUUCGAAGUGUUUAUAAUCCAUCCCAGUUCCCCCGCUCCGGCUCCAGCGCUCCCUCCGCGGUCCCGCAUCCUCACCGCCUGCAGGAGACGAUAAAAACAGCGCCUCUGACCCUGAGCAGCCGUACCUGUAAUCUGUGUGGGCGAGUUUUCAGUCAAUCACCUGGCCUCAACACACACAAGCUCAGUCAAGUCGAGGGAAGACUGUGGAAAUGUGAAGGUAGUGGGAAAGGAUUCAGGUCAUUGACGAAGCUGGGAACUCACAGGCUUGGUGACGCCGAGGAGACACUUUUCACCUGUUCCGAGUGUGGGAAGGGAUUCGCCCGGCCAUCCGUUCUGCAUGGACACCAGCGGGUUCACACCGAGGAGAGGCCUUUUAAAUGCCCAGAUUGCGGGAAGUGCUACAAAAGUUCCGGGGAGCUGAUGUGCCAUCAAUGUGUUCACACCGGCGAGAGACCUUUUAAAUGCCCGGACUGCGGGAGGUGCUUUAUAAGUUCCACCAAUCUGGCAUCCCAUCGACGUGUUCACUCUGAAGAGAGGCCUUUCAAGCGCCCGCACUGUGGGAAGUGCUUUAAAAGUUCCAGGGAGCUGAUGUCCCACCAGUGGAUCCACACCGAGGAGAGGCCGUUCCGGUGCUCCUGCUCCAGCACGGGGUUCAGGUGGUCGUCGGCAGUCACUGAGCACCAGUGCAUUCACGCUGGGGAGAGGCCCUUCUCCUGCACCGAGUGCGGGAAGAGGUUCAUUCGUUCGUCUGCCCUACUGAGGCACCAGAGAGUUCACACUGCGGAGAGACCGUUCACGUUUCUGGACUGCUGGACUGUCUCCAAAAGCCCCUGGGGACUCACGUCUCAAAGCAUUCAAUCUGAGGAGAGAAUGUUGAGAGAAAUUCAGGGAAUUGCCACCCCCUGGCCCUUCCCACGUCGCCUCGGACGAGCCUGCUGCUGUCUCUGUGAAACACAAGCUCUUGUCACCCUUGGGCGGAAACCGUGGAGACGUGGCGACUGCGGGAAGGGAUUCGAUUCGUGUGUGGAGUGUGCUCAUGCUGGGCAGGGGCCAUUCUUUCCGAGGCGUGGGAAGGGAUUCACUUCGUCAUCCAGCUUCCGGACACACCAGGCAGCUCAUCCUGGAGAAAGAGAGGGAGGACUGAACCGCUCAGAGUUUGACAGUGACGAUCGCUUUACAAGCCCGUUCCUGUUGAAAUACUCAAUUUCCUAA